UUAGCCGAUUUACAUUCAAUCUCAGUUCUAUUAAGGCAGUCUAAGUGUUCACAAGUGUAGCGGAAAGAUCGAGAAUGAAGUGCGCUAAUCUUCUGGCAAUUUCUGCCAGCUUGCUGCUCCUACAACUGGAGAUGGGGGCGACAACAGCCACUAACGAUGGACCGAGUCGAGAACUGUACGCCUCGGCCCGGUUAAUUGGAUUGGAUGACGUGGGUUUGGGCGAACUGUGGCGCACCAAGCAGCCGCUGGUGAUCACAAAUCAGGAUGCUGCUGGUCAUCUGUCUAGGGUUACCUACGAGCUAAGUCCGGAUAGUGCAACAAUUUCAAAGACAACAGUCACGGAGCGGUCCCCUCCUGCUCGGCUAGAGGAUGAUUCACGCUCUAAGCCCCAAGAAGAGUGGGAGUAUGUGCCUAAUCCCGUUCGUCAUUACCGUCCGGUUCAAGAAUCAAGCUUCGGGGCUGGUAAUUUUGGCAAUACCCUUCCUAGUGUCUUUGACAGCGGUUUUCCGAGGGGUUCACUAUUUCCUAAUUGGGAGCCGCCCGCCGGAGUAACGCCACGAGUCACAACCAAAACGGAAGUGGAUAAUUUGGGACGAAAGAUUACCACCACCACCAGGUCGUAUAGCGGAACCCUAUCUCCAGGCAGUAGCGUGUUCCAGCAGCUAUUUCCCGAUCUAUCGAGGGAACCUGGUCCACUACCGGCAUCGAAUCCGUCCGUAGAAACCACUUUCUCAACUGGAUCGAUCGAUUCCAGGUCUGGAUUGUAUCCCCGCCCCAGCGAACGUAAGCCAGUCUUUGUGCCAGUAGUAGAUUCCACCACCACGCAGCGAACUUUAGUUCCCCUUCCGACUCUUUCCCCUGAGAAAGACACAGUCAUCGACGAUUUCCUGGAAAAGCUGGGUGUCAGUACCUUGGACAUUGAAAAUAAGAAUGGGGAGUUGACAAAACAAAUCGUGGAUAGGAAUGGCCGAAUUCUGACAGUCAAAUUUGUAUUGAGCUCAGUCAAAGGGGCAGAAGAAAAUACUAAGCAGCAAGAUCCCACCAAGUAAAUUGUAAUUUUAUGAGCUCAUUUUAACUAAAGUUUUGUGGUAAAUAAUGGAAUAUUUUUUAAACAAUGUAUUGAAAAGAAAGCGCAAUUCAAUAAAUCGGCUUAUCAGCUGGGGCUAAACCCCGUGAUUAUAA